AUAAUCGCUUUGGAGGCUUUAUCUUCAUGACCCUCCUGUGGUUUACGGCUUUCUUUGGUUCCAUGUUGAUGAUGGGACCUUUAAUACCUCUCAUGUUCAUCAGGCCUCUUGCAUUCAGGUACAUCAAUGAUAAUCUCAUGGCCUUGUGGUUAACAUUACCUGUGCUACUGUUAGAAAUAUUUUUUGGAGUGAAAUGCAGAGUGAGUGGUGACAAACUGAAUAAGUCUGAGACGAGCGUCAUCAUCAUGAAUCAUCGGACGAGACUGGAUUGGAUGUUCUUCUGGAUUCCUCUCUUCUCUCUCAGCUCUGUACGAUCAGAGAAAAUCAUCCUCAAGAAUGAACUCAAAUUUGUACCUGGACCAGGCUGGGCGAUGCAGAUAGCUUCUUAUGUCUUCUUGAGGAGACGCUGGGAACAAGACAAGGCCUGGAUGACUAUGAUGUUAGACUACUUCUGUGAUAUACAAUACAAUGUUCAGUACCUCAUCUUCCCAGAAGGAACUGACUACACUGAUCACAGUAAGGAUAAGAGUGACUCCUAUGCAACUAAAAAUAAUGUACCAAAGUAUGAAUAUGUUCUUCAUCCCCGAACAACAGGCUUCAAACACAUCAUGGAUCAUCUUAGGAAACGUCAAGCCGUGGAUGCCAUCUACGAUGUGACCGUGGCCUAUCCUGACAGGAUACCGGUAGGUGGAGAGCUAGAUAUCUUCAAGGCCAAGCUACCCAACGAGGUCCAUUACCAUGUGAAGCGCUAUGACAUCAGUUCCUUACCACAAGAUACAGACUAUGAAGAAUGGUGUGUGGAGAGAUGGAAAGAGAAGGAGGUAGAACUCAGGGGGUACUACACAGGAGACAAAAAAUUUGUCUCCGGGAACUCGACAGGGGACGGGUUGGAUGGUAAGAUUGUUCCCGGGAUGUACAGGACUCUCUUUGUUGCUUUGAUCUAUUGGAUCUUAUUCAUACUGUUCAUGGUUUGUUUGUUGGUUUACACGUCCAUUGCUUGGUGGCAUAUGCUUGCCGUUGGGUUAUUCUUCACUGGUACUUCAGUGUUUUAUGGAGGUGUGGAGAAACUGGCCAUUGAUGCAUAUUACUGGCAUGUGGGAUGGAUGCAGCCAGCAGAUAAGUCUUCAUAGUAAACUGUAUGGAGGGUGUGGGUACAGAUUAUUCACGUUUACAUCCAGAGAGAAUCAUUUAAAAUGAUGGGAAACAUUGACAGCACAAAGUCUGGAAGGUGGUUGCACAAAACAUUAUACUUUUUUGAUAAUUAGGGAAAUAUAUUACAAGGAAUACACUGCUUGGUUGACAAAGUGGAGGUGUAAUGGGAAUUGUUUAUUGUUACUUAUCAAUUUAUAUAGUUAUUAAAACUAAUAUUAAUGUAUUGAUUCAUAUACUGUCAUCUACAUUUUUGUUUUCACAUCAUGUUCCACAAUGUGCUGGUGUUCACAAAGAGCAAAAAUUAUUUCAUAAUGAAAUAAGAUCAUGUAGUUUAAUAGCAGAAUGCUGUGUCAAAUAGAAACCUUGGACCUGUAAUAAACACCCGCAUCUGGUCUAAUGGUGUUAACAAUUAACUUUCAAUUAUCCGAGAUCUGGCCAAUUGAGGCAGGCAUGCUCU